GGGGGUUUCAAACUUGGCGGGCUGAAACUGAUUGGGUAGGCUGUGAAAAGUGGGAGUGAACAGCUGAUUCAACCGAUGGCCUGUUCUCAGAGCGGUUCCGUUGAGUAGGGAGUUAGUGCGCUGUGUUUACAUUUAGUUUCUCUUUAUCACUCUUGCAUUAUCCACCGCCAGCCGUACUUAGUAUAUUGUAAGUAUUUUCACAGCAACAGGCACCAUGUUUAACAUUAAAUCAGUUGGUAAGUGCGUGCCGGCUAAGCUCGACAUGAGCUCCCUCCUUAAAACGGCCUACCCGGCUCUGCAAAAUGUUAGCAGUCAGAGAAACGUUCAUGAAAUACCGGAAAAGCUUAAGGAUGUACCUACUGCAGAGAAUCCUAGGUUUUUCGAUAUGGUAGAAUUCUUCUUCCAUCGCGCGUGCCAAAUCGCCGAAGACAAGUUCGUUGAAGAGAUGAAGGCUAAAAUGCCAGAAGACGAAAAGAGGAAAAAAGUGCAAGGUAUCCUCAUGGGAAUGCAACAUUGUGAUCACAUCAUAGAGAUCGCUUUUCCAGUCAGGCGGGAUAGUGGGAACUAUGAAAUGAUCACAGGUUACCGGGCACAGCACAGCACUCACAGAACACCAUGUAAAGGAGGUAUCCGAUUUUCCGACGAUGUCUCCAGGGACGAAGUCAAAGCCUUAUCAGCCCUGAUGACCUUCAAGUGCGCCUGCGUGGACGUACCCUUCGGGGGUGCCAAAGCCGGAAUCAAGAUCAACCCCAAGAACUACUCCGAACAUGAGCUGGAGAAAAUCACCAGGAGGUUCACCCUGGAGUUGGCCAAGAAGGGGUUCAUCGGACCUGGUAUUGAUGUACCCGCUCCUGAUAUGGGUACAGGCGAAAGAGAGAUGUCAUGGAUUGCUGAUACAUAUGCAAAAACAAUUGGUCAUCUUGACAUCAAUGCUCAUGCCUGUGUCACCGGCAAACCAAUCAACCAAGGAGGUAUCCACGGCCGUAUUUCAGCUACUGGAAGAGGUGUAUUCCACGGAAUUGAAAACUUCAUCAUGGAGGCCAACUAUAUGGGAAUAAUUGGAUGCACACCUGGCUGGGGUGGUAAAACCUUCAUUGUCCAGGGAUUUGGUAAUGUUGGCCUGCACACAAUGAGAUACCUCACAAGGGCAGGAGCUGUCUGUAUUGGUGUCAUUGAAAGGGACGGCAGUAUCAUCAACCCUCAAGGAAUCGACCCCAAGCAAUUAGAAGAUUACAAGAAUGAAGCCGGUACAAUUGUCAACUUCCCAGGCGCCGAGCCUUACAGCGGAGAGAACCUCAUGUACGAAGAAUGUGAUAUAUUGGUCCCAGCUGCAACUGAAAAAGUCAUUACAAAGGCUAAUGCUCACAAGAUUAAAGCAAAGAUUGUUGCCGAGGCUGCCAACGGCCCCACAACACCAGCUGGAGAUACUAUUCUCUUAGAAAGGAAUAUUCUUGUCAUUCCAGAUCUUUACAUCAACGCCGGUGGUGUGACAGUCUCCUUCUUUGAAUGGCUGAAGAAUUUGAACCAUGUCUCCUAUGGAAGACUCACAUUCAAAUAUGAAAGAGAAUCUAACUACCAUCUGUUGGAAUCUGUACAAGAAUCCUUGGAGAGAAGAUUUGGACGUGUUGGUGGAAGGAUUCCUGUAACUCCAUCUGAAUCUUUCCAGAAGCGAAUUUCUGGUGCAAGUGAAAAGGAUAUUGUCCAUUCCGGUCUGGACUAUACCAUGGAGAGAUCUGCCAGGGCUAUCAUGAAGACUGCGAUGAAGUACAACUUAGGACUGGACUUGAGGACAGCUGCCUACAUCAACAGCAUUGAGAAAAUCUAUGCCACUCACAGAGAGGCUGGUUUAGCAUUUUAAUUUUUGAAUGUAAUUCAGUGUAAAAAUAAGUACUGGCUAUGCUUUUCUGGUGUGGAUGUCUAUCUAAGACCAAUCUCAAUUUAAAAAUUUGAAAUCUUAAUUAUGACUUAAUACGUGCACUGUGUGUAUGUAUAAUUUCAUAAUUGUUGAUGAAUGCAUUAUUCUACUUAAAGUAUAACAAUAUAAUUGACGAUUAUUUAUAAGAAGCACUAAUGUGAGCAAUUGAUUUUUUCUAAUGACAUUCAUGAUGAAUGAAACCUUUUUCCAUUUACAUCGGUUUCAGUUGUAAUCAGUUAAGAUACUUUAAAUAAAUAUACCUUCUUAAUAAUAUCUCAACUUUUUUUAACUAUACCUUCUGCCAC